AUGCCGUAUACAUUUUCAUAUUUGCAGUUCCCGUCGGCCCCUCACCUCUCUGAGAUCAUCUCACUUUACCCAGAAAAUGAACCGUUUUGCGUUGGGUACGCCCCCUCCCAGGGCCGCCGCUGCCGGAUGCGCACAAACGCUUCGAAUCGAGCAAGCGCUAUGGCUAUGCUCGAGCUAGGAACCAAAAAAGUGCAUAUGGGACAAAUGCCGACAAGGGAUAUCCUCAUUUAUUUAGCGAGUUGUACACUAUGUACGCGGUUUCACCAGGGCCAGGCUGAAGGUCUUGCCGAGAGAUGGCGGCAAGAUAUUGGGCGGUUCUUGGACUAUGAAUAUGCGCGCCCUGGACUCCAGGAGCUCGCUGGCCUCCAGAAUAGAGCUUACAAGCUCCUUGCCGAUUAUCAGCGGGCCCUGGAGCAAGAACAAUGGCGCCACGUCCCGACUCCCAGGUCAACACCUGCGACUCCCACUGUGUAUUUGCGAACGCAACCGACAAGCUCAUUAUCUGCAUAUAGUCGCUCGGAUAGCAUUGCCAGCACUAGGAAUAAUGUUCCAGGUGAUGCAUAUUCCACAGCGACACCUCAGCCUGCGUCUACAAGUACAUCCUCUUCAACCUCAAGGAAUGCCGGACAAAGACGUGUGGAAACCCGAUCUAGGAUUAGUGUAACAGAAACAACAGCAAGGGAGGUGGACAGUCGAGCAUUACAUUCUGUCUCUGCAAUUGAGGAUGCAACAAACAGGCCAGGUUCAUCCACCAGGAGGUCCUCCGGGGCCACACGCGAUAUGGGCACACGGGAGGCAGUGGGCAUGACGAGGGCUAUCGCUCAUCGCACAGCCCGGACAACGACAACAUCCACUGUCCGCACCAGACCAGUUGCAGACAACUUGCGAAGCACCAGUAACCACACUUUUGAAUCUGUAUUGCUCAGUCGCCUGCAAUCUUCGGCCAUUCAUACUGAACCUUCGACCGCAUCCACUGGUGCUACUCUAAGGACUGCUACCCGCCGGGCGAUUGAAGGGGACUGUGGUAUCUGUCUCGAGCCAUUGCGAGAAUCAAGGGACGGACGAAGCUCUUCCUCUCGCUCGGAGAGUGAAAACAAUGGCUAUGCUGCUACGGCUGGUGGAGAAGCCUCGGGACCUGUCAGGAGCACGGCAGCGCAGGACAGUUACGGUGGGAACGAUAGGAAGCAUGCUGAGCUCACCUGGUGCAAGACUCAUUGUGGAGUCAACUACCACGCAAUAUGCAUAAGCACGUGGCUGGCCACAGCCCGGAAUCCUACCUGUCCGACUUGUAGGGGAGUAUGGGUUAAUGAUCAUCUUGAGACUUAG